AUGGCUGACCAGUUCACUCAAGAACAAAUUGCAGAAUUCAAGGAGGCCUUCUCCGUGUUUGACAAAGAUGGCGACGGUACCAUUAGCACACAAGAGCUAGCCACUGUCAUGAAAUCCUUGGGGCAAACCCUAACGGACAAAGAGUUACAGGAAAUGAUCAACGAGGUGGAUUCAGAUGGGGACGGGACAAUUGACUUCAAUGAGUUCUUGACCAUGAUGGCUAAGAAAAUGAAGGACACGGACACAGAAGAAGAAAUCCGUGAGGCCUUUAAAGUAUUUGACAAAGACGGCGACGGGUCCAUCAGUGCAGCCGAACUGAGGCAGGUCAUGAAGAACCUGGGGGAGAAAUUAACAGACGAAGAAAUUGACGCAAUGAUAAGAGAGGCCGACGCGGACGGAGAUGGACAAGUGAACUAUGAAGAAUUUGUGCAGAUGAUGAUCUCAAAGUAAAGCGCUCCCAAACAUCGAGGAGAGUCAGUCACUUGGCCUUCUGAACCACUACUGAUAAAUAUGGCUGACCAGCUGAGCCCUGAACAGAUUGCUGAAUUCAAGGAAGCCUUCUCACUGUUUGACAAAGAUGGCGAUGGUACCAUUACAACUCAAGAACUGGGCACUGUCAUGAGAUCCAUGGGACAGGCCCCAACUGACAAAGAGUUACAGGAAAUGAUCAACGAAGUGGAUUCAGAUGGGAAUGGAAUAAUUGACUUCAAUGAGUUCUUGACCAUGAUGGCUAAGAAAAUGAAGGAUACGGAUACAGAAGCGGAAAUUCGUGAGGCCUUCAAAGUAUUUGACAAGGACGGUGAUGGGUCCAUCAGUGCUGCUGAACUGCGGCAGGUCAUGAAAAACCUGGGGGAGAAAUUAACAGAUGAGGAAAUCGAUGUAAUGAUCAGAGAGGCCGAUGCUGAUGGAGACGGACAAGUCAAUUAUGAGGAAUUUCUACGGAUGAUGACUGCUAAGUAG